AUGGCUCGCGUUCGUACUCUAGUCAUUCUGCCAGACCACUCGACAUCUGUCAACCCAAUCGUCAUGUCUGAGAUGAACAUGGGGCUCUGCCGAAUGCCCGCGCCAAACCUCAGAGAGCUAUUGGUGUUUCAUAGCGGCGAAAACAUCAAUGAUCUAAGCUUCAGAACCAGCAUGUCUGUUCUUGAGGAUUACGUCGGUGAAGAACAGGCGAUUCAUAAUCUCCGAAUACUAGCCUUGAAAAGGAUGGUCGUUAGCGCGACGAUGUUGCGAAUGCUCUUUUCCGCUCAACUCAGCACUCUUCAUCUCACGAAUUGUCAUUGUUGGCGCAACGUCGACGAGAUGAUUGAGACAUUAGAGGCAACGCCCAUGCUCGAGCUCUUUCAGCACCAUCUGGAUGCUUCAUUCCGGCAGCAUACAAUCUUCAGACCCUCACGUUCUACGAAGUAUCCUCUGCGCCAUGUGCAACUGCCUCGUCUCCGAAAGCUCUCUCUCUCUGGAGACAAGGUCUUCGCGAUGAAUAUAGUCAUGUUCAGUUACCUGGAGACGCCAUCCACCGCUACUCUUUCCCUGAGAGAGAAUCCGCGGUCUGUGGCGGUACCUAUCGCGGAAGUCUCAGACUUCAUUGACAUGGGACGGAAAGCUCUGAGAGAGCACUUCGCACCUGCGAUCGCACAUGGCGCGCUUUACGAAACACUAAUCAUCGGCAACCGCCUCGUGUUCGCGCCUGCAGGCAGUGACGAGUUGCUACUGCCCGGCAAGAACCGUUCUCCUGAGGCUGAGCUCCUUACCAAUAGAUUCGAGUUCAGUAUUCCUGCGAUUGAAGGAGAGGAGCCAUCUGCCGGCUCUCGCCCCGCUUUCGAUCUCCUUCUUGACAUGACGAUCGCGCUGCCUAUCUUUCGUGGGGUCACGCGCUUGUCUAUUCUGGACGAUUUCAGGUCAUACACGGCGGCUUUCUUCAGGCGUUUUCCACAUCUCGUCUCACUGAUUCUUCACGGAGACGAUCCAUUUGUGUGGGCGCCUUUUCCCAACAUCAUCUGUGCGGCUGCGGAAGACGGCCAACAGCUCCUGCCCAAGCUCAGGGGCAUCGUCGUAACAUGCCCUAGAUCUCAUGGCACAAACGAUCCGCCGAGAGGCAAUGAGGACGCAGAACUCUUUGAGAAGUUCGCAGCGGCAAUUCUGGCUCGCUGGGGAGAAGACUUUGAGAUAUUUGGGAUCCGCCGCUAUACACAUGAUUGGGAAGACGGGGCUUACAUCCUCGGGUCAUUGGCAGAUGAAUUGGGACUUGAUCGUCUGCGUUGUUGGGCCGAGACCGUCGAUGGACAUCUUAAGGAAAUAGCGCUCAGUUUCUCAGACGACGAUAGCAGUUUAGACGAAUAG